AUGGCACGACUCAAUGCUUUAUCCCUUUGCUCGUUGGACACAGAGUAUAGUGCAGAUUCGGUGGAAUUCUGUCCUUUCGAGGAUUAUUCUCAAUUUUUAGUAUGUGGAACUUAUCAAUUGGCAGACUCAGAAGUUAAACACACUGAAUAUGUCCAUGAGGACCAAGAAUAUAAUGAUAAUGUAUCAUCUCAACCUAAGAGGAGAUUAGGAAGAUUAUUAUUGUAUCAAAUCAUGAAUAAUGAAUGUUCUGUUGUGAUGAAUAAAAUACAACAAAUAGAAACUUCUGCUAUAUUGGACAUUAAAUGGUCACAUCAAUGUAUUGAUGAUCAAAUGAUUCUUGCAUUAGCUGAUGCAUCGGGAAAAGUUGGGUUAUAUAAGUUGAAUCAAGAGAAAUCACAACUCGAUCUCAUUAUUUUGUAUGCUGUAAAUGAUAAUGACAAGUUAUGCCUUUCUCUCGAUUGGUCAGAUCGUCUAGGAUUAAGUAGUGAUAGGUCAAUUGUAUUAUCACAAAGUGAUGGAUCUAUAUCAGUUUUAUCUGUUGAUAGACAGCUUGGAAUUUUUGAGAAAAAUCGAUGGAUGGCCCAUGAUUUUGAAGCUUGGAUAGCUGCAUUUAAUUAUUAUAACACAAAUAUAGUAUAUUCUGGUGGUGAUGACUCUUGUUUGAAAGGAUGGGAUUUGCGAAUGGAUUUAUCAUCUUCACUAUUUACAAAUAGAAGGCAUCAUCAAUCAGGUGUUUGUAGUAUUCAAUCUAAUCCACAUUUUGAGAACUACUUAGUUACAGGAAGCUAUGAUGAACAUAUACUGCUUUGGGAUACAAGAAAAAUGAAACAACCAAUAUCAGAUUACCAUACAAAUGGAGGUGUUUGGAGAUUAAAGUGGCAUCCAAAAAAGAAUAAUUUUUUACUAAGUGCAUGUAUGCACAAUGGAUUUCAAGUAAUAAAAGUUAAUUACAUAUCUGAAGCAAAUAAUAAUGAUUCAUAUUCUAUGCACAAUAUAUCAAGUUUUAUGGAACAUACAUCUUUAGCAUAUGGUGUUGAUUGGUCAUAUUCUCAAAAUUUAGCAGCCAGUU